CAAAGUGCGAUUGCGGAUGUAUAACAAGCCGAAAAUGUGGUUACAAUUAAUUAUUACUAAAUGUUUGAUUAUCUUAGAAGUUUCAACUUAACGCUAAAGUCAUUACGUGCUAAUUAUUAUAUACUUAUCGUCAUCUAAACCUAAAUUGAUUAUUAUAUGCUAGUUCCUAGUGCUACUUACAUACAAAGUACUUAAACCUACAGUACGGAUAUAGUACGGACUUGAGGAAGGUAGAAGAAGACUAAACGGAUUUUAUAACGCGCUUCACAUCAUCAUCAAAUAUACGUGUUACAAAACCGAAAACAACCUCUUCUCUAUCCCGUCCAGUUGCUACUGUAACAAUGCACAUUCAGCUGGUGUUCGUGGGGAUUGGAGAACGGCAGCCCAGGACCGACGGUACUGGAGGACCAUAAUUCGUUCGGCGCAGGAUCGGUAACGGAAUGUUGCUACUAAAGUAAAAGUAAAGUUUUUAUACUUUUUACAUCAGGAGUAUCGAGUAUUCAUUUCGGUACGUUUUUCAUGUGCAAUUCAAUAAAUUGUGGCUUCGCCCAAAGGAUAUUUACUAAUGGAUUCAAUGUUAAGUAAAAAGUUGUACGGAUUUCGCCAAAUUGCACAAGAGAAACUGCAGCAUAUCCUCUACUCAAUCCCAUUGGAAAAAGAUUUGGUGAUCGAGCCGGCCCUAAUCAAACCACUCGAGCAUAUUGUCGGAGCAUCCUGGCUAAAGAAAAAAGGCAUCGACAAAAUCUACAAAUUUGACCCGAAGAACGCUCCACCGAAACGGAAACAGUUUCUCUAUUUACUCACUUCUGAUCUGCUUGUGUUCAAAAAUGCGCUUGAUCAAAUCAACAGCUAUCAGAGUCAAACCUCGACCAGCCUCUUGGUGGCCGAAGCAGACAAAGGCAACAAGCAGUACCACGUGGUCGUUUUCCCGCUUGUUCUGGCCAGCUUUGAACAGUUGCUGGAGGAAGAAGGCCUGUACGGAUCGGUUGAAUUGUACAGUUUUCAGUGGGAUUUUAUAGUAUUCGAUCAAGGCCUGCUCAGCCUGGAGUUACCGAACGUUUUUCCGGAUGUUUUCGUGCGGCAGGACUGUUCUCUGCUGGGUUCGAUUGCACAAAGUUUGCGAAUUUUUCAAAUGGUCAUGGGCCGUCCGAAUCUGGUGUUCAGCUUGGGAGGGAAUGCUGAAAAAAUAGUGCAAAUGAUGCAGACUAUCGAAGGGGAUAGGAAGGAAAAAAGUGGCGAAACGAAAGAAAAUCCGGAUUUUAGUGUCAUGUUGAUCGUUGAUCGCGAUCGGGAUUAUCCCUCGUGUUUGCUAACGCCAGUCGUCUAUGCCGGUUUACUGCUGGAGAUACACAAGUUUAACUCGGGGUCUUUAACGGUUGACACAACCGGAAACAAAAUCCAGAGUGGAAAAUUGGCUUUUCUGCAAAAUGACAGCGGGACGAAGUCUAAACAGCAAACUACGCACCUCACAAUGAACGGAACGCACGAUUUAAUCUAUCAGGAGAAUCGAUAUCGACAUUUUUCGGAGGUAAUUGGUUUGUUAAGUUCCCAGGCAAAAGCUCUAGGCCUGGAGGGGAAAAUAUAUUCGAAAGAUAUGAAACUAUCGGAAAUGAAGGAUUACGUUACAAACAAAUUACCAAAAGUGGCUGCCCAAAAGAAAGAACUUUUCAAACAUUUGCUCCUUUGUGAAACGAUUGUUGAAGAAAUUGGAGCAAACUUCGAGAAACUACAACUAAUUGAGGAAAGCAUUCUGACCAAUACAAAUCGAAAGCAAAUUCUGACUUAUAUAGACGAACAGCUAGCAGCCGAUGCGCACAAAUACAAUACAUUACGGUUGAUUUGUUUAUAUCAUGUCACCGUCGGGCUAACGAGCGAAGACAUCACCAAACUGAUGACCGCAUAUCUAAAUGCCUUUGGGUAUCCACUGCUGACGGUUUUUCACAAUCUGUUUCAAGCAAAACUAUUUCCAGACACAACCAAUCUAACGAAAACGAAAAUCCUAUCGCAAAUAUCUAUACCUAUUCUGAAAUCUCCGUUUCAAAUUGAAGCCAAUAAACUGAAACUUCUACCAACCGAUCCACUGCAGAGCUCCGAAUCAGGUGCAUCUUCCAGCGGUCAAACCGGUGGAGGCACAGGCAAAAAACAGUGCCCUAGUUACGUUUUCAACGGAAACUACAUCCCACUGAUUGCCCAGCUAAGCCAGAUUAUCCUCAGCGGAAACAGUUUCGAAGAUCUGUUCAACCGUCUCGGACAUCUGGAACGACUCAAACUGGGCGGUGGCAAGAGUUUCGCCCCAAAGACACUGCGCGAGCUGUCGAUAACCAGCGCCAAAGGUGACAUCAACCAGCUGCUUCCACUGAAAACGAAAACGAUAUUCGUGUUCGUGGUCGGUGGUCUCAGCUAUGCCGAGAUAGCCGCUUGUCAGCUGGUGGAGAAACUAACCGGUGGCAAAAUAGUGCUGGCCUCGGAUUCCAUUCAAUCCGGAUGUGAUAUAAUCGAAAGUAUUGUUGGAUGUUAGGUAUUGAUUUAAAAGAAACUAUUUUUUGUUAAAGUUAUUAAUUUACCAAAAUGAAUAAAAUUACAAAAUUGAAUUCAAUUUUUUAGAAAACGUUUUUCGGCGUUUGUACUAAU